AUGAGACUCACAGCCGAGCUCGUGCACAACUCGCUCUCAUACCUCAAUCCGCUCAAGGAGCGCGAACUUGACCUACGAGGUCAUAAAAUUCCUGCUUUGGAGAACUUGGGUCUCAUCACCAACGAAGAUGCCAUCGAUCUCACAGACAACGAUAUUCCCGCUCUGGCAAACUUCCCCAAGAAUCACAGGCUGAAGGCUCUGUAUCUCGCACGGAACCGCAUCACCGCCAUCGCCCCAGCCCUCAACAACUCCAUCCCGAACCUUGACACGCUUGUCUUGACGCAAAAUUCGUUAUCCGAACUCGCCGAUCUCGAGCCCCUGGCCGCCCUGAAGAAGUUGACACAUCUGACUCUGUUGGAGAAUCCCGUCGCCUCGAGAGAAAACUACCGCUAUUGGGUCAUUGCGACAUGUCCAUCUGUCAGAUUCCUCGACUUCCAGAAGGUCAAGGACGCAGAACGCAGUAAAGCCGCCGAGCUCUUUGGAACCCUCGCCGAACCUACCGAUCUUGCCAAGAAGCUUCUCUCCUCUCGCUCAUCAAGGUCACUCAAUACUGCCUCGACGGCCAAUGCCAACGGUACCGACAAGAUCUCUCGCGUCAAGUUGUCCGACAAGGAAAGAAAGCGCAUUGAGGAAUUGAUCAGAAAUGCGAAGACCCUCGCUGAGAUUACUCGUCUGGAAAAGGCUCUUAAUGAAGGAAGAAUACCGGCAGGUGUCCUCGACGAUUCCAUGGAUACUUCAUGA